UCAAAAUCAACAACUUUGGCCACUUUAACUAUAUCAUCACAAUUAACCAUCUUGGCACAAGCAACAAAAUUAAACAACUCAGUAGCAAACUCUUUAACCAAAAAAAAGAAAGCUGCUGACCAAGUGGCUAAUAUAAAAACUUCUGAUUCUCCAAUGACAACUACUAAAAAUUUGACAGCUACUAAUAAUAUAACUACUAUCAAUAAGUCUUUAGAUAGUAGAAAAGAAUUAUUAGUAGAUCCUAUGCUAUCAGCAAAUCAUGUCAAAAAAGAAUACUAUAUUCAUCGAAUUAAAGAAAGUCUCUGGAGUACUUUUGGCAUUAGUAAUGUUAAACUUGAUUCAAAUAACCCAAAUUCAGAUACUUUUCUUGCUUUAAUCAUCAAAUAUACUUUUAUAUCUGAAGAUAAAUGUACCUAUGCCAAUGCAAUUUGGACUCAGGCAGUUCUUGAACUUAUUUUUGAUAAAAAUUACCUUUUAGUGAAACUUGACUCUGAUGUUGUUGAUACAUGGUACCAAAAACUUUUAAAGGAAACAAACACUUACACCUCUUUUGCAAACUUACAAGUUAAAUCUUUAGAUUCAAUAGAUGUUGAUGAUCUUUAUAAAAGCUUGUUUGACUUCAACUCUGAAAGCCAUCUAAGCAAUAAUGAUAUUAAAGACAAUAAUGGUAAUGAGAACUAUAUCACUGGUUCUUAA